GCAAGUAGAAUCUUAAGUGAUUUGUGCUUUCAUUGAAAACUCAAAUACAAAGAAAUCUUGGUGGAUAAGAUGUCAGAAAUUUGUGACUGAAGCCUGUUUUCACCUGAUCUCCACAUUUGAUAUCACAUUUAAUAUUAAGGCAUUUUUCAUUCUGUAAUACUACAAAUGUUUCUUUUAGGGAUUGUCAGAUUUUAAGUAUUUAUCUUUUCCUUAUUCUCCCUCCUUUUCUAAUCCCUCCCCACCCCAAUCUCUUUUUGCUCCCGUAGGGUUCCUAUUGCUGGCUACCCAGUCACUACCAUUCUAAUACCAUUUAAGGUAGCUCUGCUGGGUUUAUUUAUUUUGAGUCCUUCAAUCCAGUUUCUCUUUUAAUCUGGAUUCCUAAAUCAAGCCGAUAAACCCGUUUGUUUUUCUCAUUUCAAAAAUUCGUGAUUCAGAUUGGUAGGAAAAUAUAAUGUAAUCCGGGCGCAACAUCUUCCCCUUGGAAUCAGUAUUUGCGAGGCUUCCUUCUUUCCUUGGCUGAACGUGCUUAAGUCAGGCAGAGUACCUAGUGAAGGACUUCAGCCCCCACAGUUCCCUGUGUGCGCAUGCCCUCUCUUCUUACAGUUGUCAAAGUGCUUUUGCCAGAGCGGUCACAUAAUCAACCUGAAAGAAGAAAAUAAAAUACUGUACAGUUUUUAAUUUUAUCGAUCCUUAAAAACUGGACACUCAAAGCUGCGCAAACCAUGCAGGAUGAUUUACUGAUGGACAAAAGCAAAACCCAGCCCCAGCCCCAGCAGCAGCGGCAGCAGCAGCAGCAGCAGCCCCAGCCCGAACCCAGCGCAGCCGAAGCCCCGUCCACGCCCCUCUCUUCAGAGACCCCCAAGCCGGAGGACAGCAGCGCAGUGCCGGCCCUCAGCCCCGCCGCGGCCCCGCCGGCCCCCAACGGCCCCGACAAGAUGCAGAUGGAAUCGCCGCUCCUGCCGGGCUUGAGUUUCCACCAGCCCCCUCAGCAGCCGCCGCCGCCGCAGGAGCCCGCGGCCCCGGGCGCGUCGCUGUCUCCGUCCUUCGGCAGCACCUGGUCCACAGGCACCACGAACGCGGUGGAGGACAGCUUCUUCCAGGGGAUCACCCCAGUCAACGGGACCAUGCUCUUCCAGAACUUCCCGCACCACGUCAACCCAGUCUUCGGAGGCACCUUCUCUCCGCAGAUCGGCCUGGCGCAGACCCAGCACCACCAGCAGCCGCCGCCGCCAGCGCCGCAGCCAGCGCAGCCCGCGCAGCCCCCACAGGCGCAGCCCCCGCAGCAGCGCCGAUCGCCCGCCAGUCCCAGCCAGGCGCCCUACACGCAGAGGAGUGCCGCCGCGGCGUACGGCCACCAGCCCAUCAUGACCAGCAAGCCGUCCUCGUCCUCGGCUGCAGUAGCCGCCGCGGCCGCAGCUGCCGCUUCGUCCGCCUCGUCCAGCUGGAACACGCACCAGAGUGUGAACGCCGCCUGGAGCGCGCCGUCCAACCCGUGGGGCGGCCUGCCGGCGGGCCGGGACCCUCGCCGGGCUGUCGGCGUGGGCGUGGGCGUAGGUGUCGGGGUGCCCUCACCACUCAACCCCAUCUCGCCGCUCAAAAAGCCCUUCUCCAGCAAUGUGAUCGCGCCGCCCAAGUUCCCCCGUGCGGCCCCGCUCACCUCCAAGUCCUGGAUGGAGGAUAACGCUUUCCGGACGGAUAAUGGUAACAAUCUGUUGCCAUUUCAGGACCGGAGUAGGCCCUAUGACACUUUUAACUUGCACUCGUUGGAGAACUCCUUAAUGGAUAUGAUAAGGACUGAUCAUGAGCCUCUGAAAGGUAAACACUACCCUCCCAGUGGCCCACCAAUGAGUUUCGCUGAUAUAAUGUGGAGGAAUCAUUUUGCAGGACGCAUGGGAAUAAAUUUCCAUCAUCCAGGAACAGAUAAUAUUAUGGCACUUAACACCAGGAGCUAUGGGCGGAGACGAGGUCGGUCUUCUCUCUUUCCCUUUGAAGAUGCCUUCCUGGACGACAGUCACGGCGAUCAAUCCUUGUCAUCUGGCUUAAGUUCUCCCACUCGCUGUCAAAACGGAGAACGCGUAGAACGUUACUCUAGAAAGGUGUUUGUUGGAGGCCUUCCUCCUGAUAUUGAUGAAGAUGAGAUCACUGCCAGCUUUCGCAGGUUUGGACCUCUCGUUGUAGACUGGCCUCACAAAGCUGAAAGCAAGUCGUAUUUUCCUCCUAAAGGCUAUGCCUUUCUGCUGUUCCAGGAGGAGAGCUCAGUGCAAGCCUUGAUAGAUGCCUGCCUGGAAGAAGACGGGAAGCUGUACCUGUGCGUGUCCAGCCCCACCAUCAAGGAUAAACCGGUGCAAAUUCGACCAUGGAACCUAAGUGACAGUGACUUUGUAAUGGAUGGUUCUCAGCCUUUGGACCCCAGAAAAACUAUCUUUGUUGGGGGAGUUCCACGACCCCUUCGAGCUGUUGAACUGGCAAUGAUCAUGGACCGUCUGUAUGGUGGUGUCUGCUAUGCCGGCAUCGACACGGACCCGGAGCUGAAGUACCCCAAAGGUGCUGGCCGCGUGGCGUUCUCCAAUCAGCAGAGCUACAUAGCAGCCAUCAGCGCGCGCUUUGUGCAGCUCCAACACAAUGACAUUGACAAACGGGUGGAAGUGAAGCCAUACGUGCUGGACGAUCAGAUGUGUGAUGAGUGCCAGGGCACGCGCUGUGGUGGGAAGUUUGCCCCGUUCUUCUGUGCCAACGUCACGUGUCUGCAGUAUUACUGUGAAUACUGCUGGGCGAGCAUACAUUCCCGCGCCGGGCGGGAGUUCCACAAACCGCUGGUGAAGGAGGGAGGCGACCGCCCUCGGCACGUCCCGUUCCGCUGGAGCUGAGCCCAGGGCAGACCCAGCCACAAGUACUGGAGUAGAUAACAAGGAGGGAAAAAGAGAGGGCACUGCCUCAGGGCUUACAGUGUUCUGGAAAUCUGUGCAUUCGUUCUCGAUUUUUAAAGAAGAAAUGGGUCUUUUUAUUAUUACUAUUAUUUACAGUCAUAUUACUGAACUCAGUGUCCAGUAUAAUGCAAAAUUGCAGAGUGUAUAACGGUACUGAUUUGCACUUUGAUUCUCACCUUUGUCUGCUUGGUACCUUAAUUUCUUACACCUGAUCUGUCACUCGUAGACUGCCAUUCUCAUCAGCGGCCAUCAGGUUGAUGUCUGUGAUUUUUUUUGUUUGUUGUUGUUGUUGUUGUUGUUGUGUUGUUGUUGUUGUUGUUGUUGUUCUGAUUGUUUUUGAACUGGAGCAUGCACUUAUUUUCAGAAACUUAGAGAGUUGCCCCUAGGAGAAGACUUACCAAAGGUAAUACUCGUGAGUAGGUGGCAGAUGUAGCAAAAACUUCACAACAGUUCAGCAAUCAUUAGUUGGGGUCAUUUAGAGUAAGAGUAACCCUUAAUGAAAAUAGGCCUUUAGUUUUCUAUUUUGACAUGUAAGGAUACCUCAUAAGCUGAAUCUUUAUUUUCCCUUCAUGUUUGAUUUUUGUUUUGCCGAGGAUUUUGGUUAGAUCUUUUAGUGUUAUGUAAAUUUAUGCUGCAAUAGCUUUUGCUGCUAUUAAGAUGGUAUUAUUAAUACCAUAAUACUCUCUUCAGGCUAAGGUAUCAAUUUAAAGAAACCCAACAACACACGUUUGUGAUUUAGGGAUAGAAUCAGCUGCCGAAUGGAGAUCAGAAUAGACUACAGAAAGCUUCAACGGAAGGUCACUAUUUCUGACUGCAUGUUUACUUAAUCAGGUUGCUGCAUGCAAUAAAUUUUAUAUCCAAUGUCUAGUAUAAAACCUUCCCACAAUGCACAAAUUAAGAAUCUAUAUAAGCUAUAAAAUACUGAUUUUUUUAAAAGAGUUUUUUUCACUCAAAGAAUUGGUAAUUGACUGGAGGAAGGCAUGCCUCAAUAAAUGGAAUGCUUCUGACAUUAGGAAGAGCCCCUGACAGAAUGACCUAUAUUACAACCAAUAUAAAACCUAGGUGUAGGAUAUUCUUAAAGCAAAUUUGUGGAUGGUAGAUGAAGUACUUUGCGGUGCUCUGUUAUAUAUUGUGCAAUUUAUUUUAUAUAGUAAAGUGAUUAUGUCUAACUGUGAUCAAACUUAACUGUUUAAAGCCUCUGUGUCAGACAUUAACGAACUUGACAGUUCAUAACUGGUAUAUUAUUAACUAACACAUGAGCUCUUAGCUAUAAUCUCCUAGUGCUUGCACCAUUUUACAUAGCUUCAGACCUUGUCCAGAAAACCAAAGAGCUCAUCUUAGCUUACAAACACUAGGAAUAUAUACAGUAUAUAGAGAUAAGUUGUCAGAUUGACAAACUAGGCACAUUUUAAGAAAGUUGCGUGGCGGUGAUGCUAAAGAAAUGUCUAUCCAAAACAAGAUGGCCUGGGCAGGGCUGGUUGUCUGGGUGAGAAAUUUAACUACUUAAUUCCCUGGAUUUAUCCUGUAAAGCUUGAAUAGAACUAAGACCUGCUAGAACUACCGUGGACAUUUUUUUAGCAUUCACUCUUGGGCUGCAGAUAGUAAUAUAUAAACACACACAAUGAUUGUGAGACUAUGUAAAUCUUUUUUUUUUUUUUAAUCUUCUUCCUAUGUUUUGGAAUUCUGGGGACAAUCUGACUGGAUAUGACACUGCAGAAUAGAUUUAAGUCGCUGUGUUUUAUGUGCUGUGAUGUCCUUGUCCUGUCUCUUAAGUUAAUAAGACUGCUUGUUUUUGUUUUGUUUUGUUUUGUUUCUCCAGUGUUUAGUUGCAAUUGCCAGCUCUCAAACUAUAGUUUUUUUUUCAAAAAGGAAAAAACAACAUAGUUUUUUACUGGAUUAAAAAUGCUUAUUAGAUCUCCCCCCUCCCCUUUGAGGUUACCUCUGGGCUUUUUGGUAAUAAUUGCUUUUUUCCAGCCCAGCUGUGGUUUUCUGUUUGUUUGGUUUUUUUUCUAUGUUUGUGGUUUUUUUCAUCUGUACAAGAAAUUUUGUUAUGCACUACUACUUUUUGUAUUCUAGACAGUUUUCAAAAGUUGGCUGAAGAUUUUUUUGUUUGUUUGUUUUUAAGGAAAAAGGCAUGCUUUCUGACUGACAUGAUCUUUUGCAAUACCUCAAUUUUGAAAUAUAGGAAAGAAAAUGAUAUUUUCUAAGUAAGUUUAUUCAGAAAAAUAUAUAUUAAUUUAAUUCUGCAAGAAAAAUGAUUUAACAGAUGGGUAACUUUAUUUUUUUCAUGCUUAUUUGUGUUUUUUGAAAAUGAAGAAGUUAGAGCUUUAUAACUAUAAUAUUAAAGAUCAUAUCUAACCUACAGAAAUCUACCUAAUUAUGUGAAAGAAGCAAAACUUUUUGAAGAAGCACCCCUCUUUCAUGUACUAAAACAACACUGAGAUUUAAAAAAAAAAAAAAAAAAGCUGGAAGCUUGUACAGCGGGAAGCUGAUAUGGAGGUGAAAACCAUGGUCACGAAGAAUAGGUUACAAAGAAUAAAGAAUAAACUCCCUUUGGUGCUGAAAGUUGUGGAUAGAUGGUGGAAACUACUUUCCCUUCAUUUGUAUAUUUAUAAUCAAGCGUUGAUUGUGCACGACUGACCAGGAUUGUGAAAGAGUUCUUCUGUUUGUAUUUUUUUAAAGAGAACUUUUUUAGUUUAUUAAAUUAUAACAUGUUCCCUUUUGUUUUGUAAAUAAAUGUGCCCCCAAGUUGUUAAUGUUAUAUUAAAAGAGAGGGUCCUUCAAAAAAAAUUAUUUUUUAAAACACAAGAGGUGUUCUGACCUGCAACUUGACUGGGAAGCCCCUGGGUAUCACAGGUCCUGUUGUGGCCUUUCCUUGAUGUGACACUUGAACUAGUCGAUUUUUUGAAGGCUAAAACCUAACCUCGACUAUUUGUUGUUAUGUGCAAUACUGUUUGUACUGUUUGUAUAAAAAAUAGAAAAAAAAAAGAAAAGAAAAAAGGCAUAAAUCUUUAUUGCAGAUUUAUUUUCAUUGCAAACUUUAGACAUUGUGAUUCACUGAAAUCAUUUUUCUACUGUCAAAUAUGUACCUUUUCUUCAUGCUGGUAUUUUUUCAAUAGUAAUGUAGCCUUUGUACUGAGACAAAUUUUCAUUGUUAUUUUUAGAAAGAUUUUUUGCUAAGAAAAAAAUUAAACAUAUUUACAUAUUUUUCAUUUUAUUUCGUAUUUUCUUUAAGGAGUGCUUUCUCAAUCAUUAAUAGAGUUGUUUCUGGGAGGGACUUUCAUAUCUGGUCAAUGUCAUAAUAUUAUUUUGUAUUUUUACUUGGAAUAAAUUAAUUUUAUGAUGCUAAUUCUUUAAAAGUUUAUUUUUUUCAUUUUCAGUUAUUUUUGAAGCUAAAACCUUUGUAAUAUUGUUACUAAAGUGUCUAGUUUUUUGAAAUGCAAAGCUUUAUGUAUUAACUUGCUGAUGUGGUUUACAAUAGUGUGACAACGAUGAACAUGGUUGGUUAUGUAAAGUGAUUGGAAAAUGUAAUGGAUAAUUGGAUAAUAAAAUGACAGAAUGAGCAGAA